UCCAAUGGAGAAAACGCAACACAUUAGACGAGUACAUUUCUAAAAUUCAGAAGACGUAAUGCCCUUUCGACCUCUUCUAGAGCCACUUUAACAUUUUCAAUUCAAUAAUUAAAUUAUCAUUAUUAUUAUAAUAAACUUUACCUAUAAACGCAUCCAUGCCUUCCCCUUCAGUUCGCAGACUCACAAUGGCCGCAAUAUCCAACUCCUUAUCACUGAAGCACAGUUUCUCUCUGAGUCGAGCUUCUCCUUCUUCCUCUUCCAUCAAAUUCAAAUUCAGAAGAUGUUACGCCGCGUUCGCCAAUGAGAAUCGCGAGUACGUGAUCGUUGGCGGCGGAAAUGCCGCGGGAUAUGCUGCGCGCACUUUCGUUGAGCAUGGAAUGGCUGAUGGUCGUCUCUGUAUUGUAACCAAAGAGCCGUAUGCACCUUACGAGCGUCCCGCUCUGACGAAAGCGUAUUUGUUCCCGCCGGAUAAGAAACCAGCACGCCUUCCUGGUUUUCACACUUGUGUUGGAUCCGGUGGAGAGAGGCAGACUCCGGGGUGGUAUAAAGAGAAUGGGAUAGAGAUGUUGUAUGAAGAUCCAGUAAAAGAUAUUGAUAUUGAAAAGCAUACUUUGACAACAAGUUCUGGAAAACUUCUGAAGUAUGGUUCGCUUGUUAUUGCUACAGGAUGUACGGCAUCAAGGUUUCCAGAGAAAAUUGGGGGAAACCUACCUGGUGUUCACUAUAUUCGGGAUGUUGGAGAUGCCGAUGCACUAAUUUUAUCGUUGGAGAAAGCAAAAAAGGUUGUAGUUGUUGGAGGUGGUUAUAUAGGAAUGGAGGUUGCUGCUGCUGCUGUUGGUUGGAAACUUGAUACAACAAUCAUAUUCCCAGAAGAUCACCUUUUGCAAAGACUGUUUACUCCUUCUCUUGCCCGGAGAUAUGAAGAACUCUAUCAAAAGAAUGGAGUCAAAAUCUUGAAGGGUGCUUCCAUAAAAAAUUUGGAAGCUGGUUCUAAUGGACAUGUAGCUGCUGUGAAACUUGGAGAUGGAUCUCUUGUGGAGGCAGAUACGGUAAUUAUAGGCAUUGGAGCAAAACCUGCUGUGACUCCCUUUGAGAGGGUGGGCCUGAAUACAGAGGUUGGUGGUAUACAGGUUGAUGGUCAGUUUCGGACAAGCACUCCCGGAAUCUUUGCUGUUGGUGAUGUAGCAGCUUUCCCUUUGAAGAUUUAUAAUCGUAUCUCUCGAGUGGAGCAUGUGGAUCAUGCCCGUCGCUCUGCACAGCACUGUGUGAAAGCAUUACUCAGUGCACAAACUCACACGUAUGAUUAUCUUCCAUACUUCUACUCGAGGAUUUUUGAAUAUGAAGGAAGCCCUAGAAAAGUGUGGUGGCAGUUCUUUGGAGACAAUGUUGGAGAAACAGUUGAAAUUGGAAAUUUUGAUCCUAAAAUAUCUACCUUCUGGAUUGAAUCUGGUAAGCUGAAAGGAGUUCUUCUUGAAAGUGGGAGCCCUGAGGAAUUUCAACUCCUGCCUAAACUUGCCAGAAGUCAGCCUCUGAUUGAUAAAGCCAAACUUCAAAAUGCAACAUCAGUGGAGGAGGCCCUAGAGAUUGCUCGGGAAUCCUUGCAAGGCGAAGCUGCUGUCUAGUACCGAUCUUGGUAACAUCAUUCUGUAAUUUAUCUUCUCUUACGGCCAGAUUAUCAGUGACUAUCUGUCAUCAUCUGAGUAGGGAUUGCUCCUAUAAGAGAAUAAUUUUCAUUAUAUUCUCAGUCACCUGACAUUAGUAAUGGUUUUUAACUGGAAUGUCUAAUUUGGAUUUGAUCUGGUGCCAUAAGGUAUCCUUGAAUUUUCUCAAUAAUUUAAGAUAGCCUUUGCCUUUACACGUUACUUUUAUUUUCCAGCAAUGUGAUUUUUGUUCUUAACUUACUACCUACAACCCUUCUUCUGAAGGGCCUCCUGUAGGGAAUUCUGUCUGCAGAAAGAGUUGUCUCAUUUAAAAUUUCAAGCCUGGACCUAAAAAGGCAUAUUUUCUCUUGUAA